AUGACAUUUUGGAAGGCUUGGGAAACUUGGGAGAAGAUGGUGUUUGUACUCGCCUGUUCUAUGGUCGGCGUCAUCAUCGCUGGUGGUUGUGUAGCGUGGAUGAACAGACGAAAAGUCAAACUGUACAACCAAGCCUUCGCCGACGAAGCUGGACGAAUUCGAAGCAUAGUUUCCCCGGAGGGUACCAGGGUUUCCGAUGUCCCAUUUGGAGCUCGAGCGCUGGAAAGUGGCGUUCAGGUCGACGGUAUCUACACACCUGGACGGUACACACCUCGCCAGGGCACUUUACGACAGAAUGCCGCUGGAUCGACUGAUUUGGGUGUACCGACUCCACUGACGCCAACUGUGACUCUCUCAAGUCAGUAUGAACACCACAGCCCGUUCUCGCCGCAAAAGUGA